CAAAUGUGGAACCAAGAAAAAGACCACCUGAAGAAGUUCAAUGAGUUAAUGGUUGCCUACAGAGUCCGACCUACUGUUUUAUUGCCUUUUUGGAACGUAGCAGGUUUUGUUUUAGGGGCUGGCAGUGCUUUACUUGGAAAGAAAGGUGCGAUGGCUUGCACGGUGGCGGUGGAAGAGAGCAUAUCGGAUCACUACAACAGCCAGAUCCGAACUCUUAUGGAACAAGAUCCAGAAAAGUACAAAGAACUAUUGCAGAUAAUAAAGCAAUUUCGGGAUGAUGAAAGGGAGCACCACGAUAUUGGGCUUGAGCAUGACGCAGAAGCGGCACCAGCUUAUUCAGUUUUGAAGACAGCUAUACAACUUGGAUGCAAAGCUGCGAUAUUUUUAUCAGAAAGAAUUUAG